AAAUCGUGUGGGAUGUCAGUUGAGGAGUGUUUUUUAGUACAUCCAGUUGAUUCACAGUCCCGAAAUUAUAACCAAAAAUGGCAUCAGAGGCGGCGAAGAAAAUGGACAAGAAAGGUAAAGGACCUACCCCCGAUGAUAUCCUCAACGGAUUCAAUACACUUCGCGUGGAGCAACGCACCCUCGCAUCGAAAAUCUCCGAAUUCGAGGCGGACAUCAAUGAACACAAAAUGGUCAUCGAGACUUUGAAGAACGUCGAUGGAGAGAGGAAAUGUCACCGUUUGAUUGGAGGCAUUCUUGUCGAGAAGCAAGUAAAAGAUGUUCUACCUGCUUUAACUUCGAACAGGGAUAAGCUUGUCGUGUUAACGGAGAAACUGAACGAGCAGCUCGCGAAAAUGGGAAAGGAUAUCAUCGAGUACAAAGAGAAGCAUAACAUCAGGAUCAGGGGACAGGAGGAUAUGAAAAGUCAGGACUCAGAUCCAGCACCAAAAGAUACUCGAGGAAACGUUUUGGUCUCUUAAUUGUUAUACACUCUGAUUUCACCCUCUCAUCUAAGGCAAAUAAACAAUUUGUAAUAAGUAAUGAAUCUGUCACAUUGAUCAUUGAAACAUCAUCGGAAGACAUAGGCUUAACAUCACCAUAAUAAUGUGGAAAAAAAAAUUAAACUAAUAAUAAAGAAGCUUCGAUUUUUAACGUAAAAAAAAA